CUUUUUAUUCUUGAGGAGGGAAAAGCGAAGCGAAGCACGAACACAACGCACAAAAAUCCCCCUUCAUUUCUCUCACUCACUCACUCACCGACUGAUCACUGCAACUUCUUCUACUGCUCCUCUUCUUCUUCUUGAUCAUCAUCUUCUUCUUCUCCUUGCUAUCUUCAAGAGUCUCCUCUUCCAAAAAUUGCACGAAUAAUCGGAUAUAAAGGGAUGAGGGCCAAAGACAAGCACACCCGAACCAAUCGCAAACCUCGAUCCUCGCCCAAUCCUAAUUCCAAUUCGGAUUCCUGCCAUAAUAAAACGGUGGCCACGCCCAAUUCCAACCGAAACCCUAACAUUCCUCCCUACAGCUGGGGUUUCUGCACCGAAGACGAGCUCCAAGAGCUUCUCUUGAGGAACAUGGAGAUCGUCUACGCUGACGUAGUUUCCAAGAUCGUGUCCAUGGGCUACAGCGAGGACCAAGCUCUCAAGGCGGUCCUCAACAAUGGCCAUUGUUUCGGCGGCGUCGAUGCGCUGGAGAACAUACUCAACAAUUCCUUGGCUUAUCUCAAAAGCAACGGCAAUUUGGAGGGUAGCGAUGACACUAUGCCUGUUUUCACCGAUUUGAUGCAAUUGGAGGCGUAUUCUCUUGCUGCUAUGGUGUGUCUCUUGCAGCAGUUGAGGCCCAAUUUGACUAAGGGUGAUGCAUUGUGGUGUUUGCUAGUCACUGAUUUUCAUGUCGGAAAGGCUAGCACAAUUCAGGUUCCGGUUGCAAACAAUGAAUGUACUUGUUGUUCUUCGCGUACUGCUACUACUACUGCUACUACUACUACCACCAACACUGGUGACAAUGCAGUUGGUGUUGUGUCUCCAUCUCCACAUUUUUGUGAGUCUCGAGGGGGACCUCCGGAUUUUAAUUUGGUCUUCGCUUGCGGCCAUGAGAUGAGUUUGCGGUUGCAGAGAGAUAUUGAAUUCCCAAAAAGGUUUAAUCUUUCUCCUUCGAUGAAGUCCUUGUUGAAAAGAAAUGUUGCACUGUGCGCUGCUGGUUUUAAGGCUCACUCAAAACAGUUGCCGCAGCCACAAGCCGUAGCCAUUCCCGCUGGUAGCACUGGGCCGGCAGAGGAUGCUGUUACCUCCAUGAUGAAUAAAUUUCGCGAGCUAAAUCUCGAUGAUUGUAUGAAGCUUCUUGCAGAGGAUCAGAAGGAUGAGGUGUUACUUGCUCUGUUUAAUCAGGUUAAGGAUCUCGAGAAAGAGCUCAAGGUCCGAAAGGAUUGGGCUCAUGAGAGGGCAGUGCAAGCAGCUACAAAGCUGAGCAAUGAUAUGGCUGAGUUGAAAAUGUUGAGGAUGGAAAGCCAAAGAGAGGAGGCUCAGAAGUUAAAGAAAGGCAAGCAAGCGCUCGACGACGCGACAAUGAAGAAACUAUUAGAGAUGGAGGAGGCAUUGAGGAAGACUAGUGGUGAAGUUGAUCAGGCGAAUUCAACUGUCAAAAAGUUAGAGACGGAGAAUGCAGAAAUUAGAGCAGAGUUGGAGGCUUCUAAAUUGAGUGCAUCAGAGUCUGUCAAAAACUGUACACAGGUUGAGAAAAGGGAGAAAAAGUGUUUAAAGAGGCUUCUUGCUUGGGAAAAACAGAUAGCAAAGCUACAACAGGAGAUUUCAGAUGAAAAACAGAAGAUAGUGGAGAUUGAAAAAGAAUUGGCUCGGAUUAGACAGUGUCAGAAAGAAGCUGAGGUCAAGGUCAGGGAAGAGUUGAAGGCUAAAGAGGAAGCCCUGGUACUAAUUGAGGAGGAACGCCAUAGCAAGGAAGCAGCUGAGGUUGACAGUAAGAGAAAUCUUAAGGCUUUACGCCUGAAGAUAGAGAUAGAUUUCCAACGUCGCAAGGAUGAUCUCCUGAGGCUUGAGCAGGAGCUUUCAUGCCUUAAAGUAUCUUCUCGAUCUGCUGAUAAGCAUCGGAAAUCAAAAGCUUCACGGACAGGUAAUUCUGAUGUUGCAAAGCCCCAAAGGGAGACAAUCACAAAGCUUCUUAAAGAAUUAGACAAUCUUGAGGAUUUUGAAGAAGAAGUCAACGGUGCUAGAGAAUGUAUCAUAUGCAAGGGAGACGAAGUUUCAAUUGUUUUCUUGCCGUGUGCACACCAAAUUAUGUGUGGUAGCUGCAGCCAGGAGUAUGGGAGGAAGGGCAAAGCUACCUGUCCCUGCUGCCGGGUUCCAAUUGAACAGAGAAUCCGUGUGUUCGGUGCAGGUUCUUAAGCUUGCAUUGGUUUAUGCAGUGAACUUCUCAUUUCUUUGCAGUCAUUUCUUGCCCUU